AAGUGACCAAUGUUUGCCGAAAUGAAUGCGACCGAUUUACCAGAAAGAACAGCUACUAAAUACAUUUGGAUGAUAUGUUCGCCAAUACUCUUAAUAUUUGGCGCAUUUGGAAACAUCCUUUCCGUAGUUGUGUUAAAUCGACCGCAUCGCACGCGGACGUCAACGUCCACUUAUCUUACAGCGUUAGCUGUUUGCGACCUAUUUGUGUUGAUCGUCGGUCUACUGCGGCAGUGGGUCAGGGCAACAUUUGACUUUGAUAUAAGGAACAUGAAUGACAGUUUUUGUAAAGUGCAUUUCUAUCUUGUAAAUUUCUUGCUACAGUUUUCCUCAUGGAUUUUGGUAGCGAUCACCAUUGAACGGGUUAAAAGCGUGCGGAAGCCGCACAUGGCUAAAGUUGGCUGCACCAGAAAGCUUGCCUCUUGGGUACUUUUGGCGGAAGUCAUUGUGCUUAUGGUGUUAAACGGACAUUCUAUUUUCGGUGUUAAAAUACGUAUUGUGAAUGACACGGAAACAAACAGCAGUGUGUGUAGAUGUGAGCCGGACAAUGAAAAUGAUACAUACUCACGUUUCAUGUACUACGUAUGGACGUGGAUUGACUUCGUCAUUGUCUUCUUCUUGCCGUUCCUAAUCUUGAUGACAGCUAACAUACUAAUUAUCAUAAAUGUGAAACGAAGCAGACGAUUCCAGCGUGGCCUUAUAAACCACACUUCACGACACGCCCUGAAUGCCCCGCAGAAACCUCUGAUUCCGAUGACAGCCAUGUUGUUGACCUUGAACUCUGUAUUCUUCGUCUGCGUUGGCCCUGUCAACGUUUAUUCCAUCGGGCAGUUUCACUGGUGGCCAGAAGAAACUGAGGGACAUACAUUAACUGUUCAGUUACUGUUAUGGGUCAUUGUUAAUAUUUUGAUGUACACAAACAACGCUGUUAACUUUUUAUUGUACAUCAUGUGCGGAUCUGAAUUUCGAACGGAAGUGAAGGCUAUUUUCCUCACAUGCUGUCAACGGAAGGCCGAACAAAGCCACAAACAGGUACGGAACCCCGCUAAACUAAAUAAUCAACAACAUUCAACAAACACAUCGUUCGAAAUGAUCAGUGUUUGACGUUAAUUAUUACUUGUAUCAAGUUGAAUGAAUGAAAAUUAUAAGUUUUUGUUAAUUUGACAUUUUGCGAAAUGGCAACAAAUUGACACUAUUUUGCGAAAAUGAGAUCGAAUUGACAUGAGUUUGUGAAAAAGAGUGAAACUUGACAUAAU